AUGAAUCGGUGUGUGGUAAAUGUGAUGGCAGCUAUCAUCAUUCUUGCUUCACUGCCUUAUAGCUCAGCACUUAGUCUACCGAUUGGAGAUCCCGCCCCGGGUAGAUCUCCUGGUCCCCCUGUUGUUAAUGGUAAUGGCUUUCAAGACAAAUCAACAAAUUUCAAAUACAUUGAUGAAAAUAUAGAAACUAGAUUAGGCAUACCGGUUGAAGAAGCGGAACGCUACGAUCAUACAACGACGAACGAUAUUGAAACAACGACAGUAAGUGAAGUAGUGAGUGUUAGUGAGAAAACAAUUGGUGAUGCUUGUGCCUUCGCAAGGAUUCCAAGUGACAGUGCAGAUAUUGUAACGUUGGGUGAAAGAGAUAGUGAUAUUAAUUUGACUGUUAGUCAUCCAGUGUUCGAAGCUGAUGAGCUGGUUAGGGGAGUUGUUUAUGACGGUAAGUCUGCAUGGUUUUCUAUAUAA